UCAAGUCCGGUAGGUGUCUUAUUCUGUUAUUCUUCAGUAACGACAAGGACGAGAAAUGCCAUGCUGUCACUGAAUUCAUUCGAACUUCAAUGCAGACUCACAAACUUGAUAUAACUGACGACUUUCAACCCCUCUUCCACGUCCCGCAGGUCACUCUCCAAGAUCAGGAUACCAAGGCUGCAUACAGAGUCCGUUCGGAACUUGAUGCACGAAAUAUUCUGCCCGUUCCACGAGCCAGCCAGUGGGACAUGAAUAUCGAUCACGAUGAUAAUAACAACGAGUUCCUCUCACCUGGGGCUCCAGGACUUGACUCUGAAUCUACAGAUCCAGUCCAAUCUCAUUCAACUCCAACCCCCUUCUCAAUCUCACUCCUUAACACUAGCAACCUCCACCAGUACCCCCGCGCAUUCCGAAAACACCUCCAAACCCUCCGAAACGUAAACUUCCAAAAUCUAAACCCCUUCCGCAAAACCAUAUCCAUCACCAUAACGUUCCUCGAGCCGACCAAAUACUUGCACUACACUGGCACAGGAUCUAUCACCACUCCCACGACGCAAGCCCAGGCAACGCUUAUCGAGAACGUCGAGAGACUGGUUAAUGACGGGAGAGGAAAGCUCGGGUUGCAAGAUGACAGUAGCGGAAAGAGUAUGAGUAAACUGAAGAUCCAAUACGACCCGAUACACGGGAAGAAAAACCCAUAUUAUAUCUCAGACGACGUCGAUGCGAGGUUCUGGAUAAAGGUAAAUAAUGUGAAUUCAAAAUGUGGGAUCGCAAACUCGAAAUUUGCGCUUGAGAGUUGUUAUGGGGCGGUAGGGUGGAAGAAGGGGGAGAAGGGAGGGACGAUAAGUGAUUCCAAUGAUAAAGUGCUUUAUCCGUAGACGGUGAUCAGGUUUAGAAUGUAUCGGGUGUUUAACAUAGGAUAUGGAACAUACUGUUGCGAUUGAGGAGC